AAUUCGAAGAAGAGAGAGAGAGAGAGAGCGAGCGAGCGAGCGAGCGAGCGAGCGAGCGAGAGAGAGAGAGAGGGAGGGAGAGAGAGAGAGAGAGAGUCGGUGUGGCUGUCGUAGUGGUGGAAGGGGGGCGGAAGUCAUGGGUGGCCAUGGCGGAUUGAACAUUCUGCCGCAGAAGAGCUGGAAUGUAUAUGGACAGAAAAGUAGGGCAAGGGUGGAGAAGGAUGAGGAAGAGGCGGCACAGAAGCGUGAGAAAGAGCAGGCGGAGCAACGGCGCCGCGACGGAGAGAUUCGAUAUGCGAAGCUUCUGGAACGCGCCGCUGCACGGCGAAGUGCCACGUGUCCCCAGGAUCUCCUGCCACCUGUCGGCCUUGCAGCAGAGUCUGCAACCGCCGCACCAGCGGCCAUCUCAUCAUCAUCGGUCGGGAUCGCGACAUGUGGCACAUCCGCUUCUUCUCACGCUGACAGCGUGAGAGCCGGGGGCGAAGGCGCAGUCGCGGUCCCGACUGCGUCUGCACCUUCCUACGCAAGAAGGCCAAUCGCAGGUGCAGAUAAGGAGGGUCGGGAUCCAGAUCCAGGUGCUGCAGUGGAUAAGUCGGGGUCGCGACCGGCGACGACCCGCUCCGAUCAGUUUGAUGAUGAUGAUUUCUUCCGGAGGGUCUUGUCUUCUUCCUCCCCUGCAGCCGCUGCAGCGGCGAUCGCUGCGCGCACUAAGGGAGGCAAGGAGGAGGAGAAGGAGGAUGAGCAAGGGGGGAGAUUGUUGGGAGAAAGAGGGCAGCAGGGAGAGGAGGAGGAGGGCGAGGGAGAUGGUUGGAUCUGUGGUAGGGGAGACAGGAGGAGGGAGAGGAAGGCCAGCGGCCGGGAGAACGUCGACUUCCAAGAGCAAACGGAUAAGGAAAGGAAUAGGAAAUGGCGGGAAACGGAUAAGGAAAUGGAUAAGGAAACGGAUAAGAUGAAAAGGCGGGAACGGGCCAAUCAGAUAAGGGGAGAGGAUGACGAGCGAUUCCGCAUGGCAUACGGUCUAGCGGGCUCUGGUGUGGCGCAGCCGUGGUAUGUAUCGAAGAGGAACUCGUUGGAUAUGUCUGAACUGAGAGUGAAGGAGGUAGAGAAGAAGAAGAAGGAGGAGGAGGAUGUUGUCUGGCUAUGGAGGAAGCCAACGACAGCUUCAACCAAGCGGAGGAAGAGGGAACAGGACGAGGAGGAGGAAGAGGAGAGGGAGAGAAAGAGGGAGAGGGAGAGGGAGUGGUCAGGUCCAUCAAGAGCAGGCGCGGAGGAGGCCAGUGUGCUGCGGCGGUCAGUGAGAGACGAUGAUGCCACGUGUCAUGCUGCUGCCGUUCAUCGACCAAUGGCGCGGCCAAUGAGAGAGGAUGCCACGUGUCCUGCUGCUUCUCUCGAUCCGGCAAACGGUAAUCAAAGCGCGCCAACAAACUGCAAGCAAAGCGCGCCAACAAAGUGCAAAGAAAGCGCGCCAAACGGUAAACAAAGCGCGCCAAAAAGGAGGAAAUCGAUCGAGGAGCUACGGGCAGAGAGGCUGGUGCGGGAAAAAAAGGAGAGAGACAGAUCCCGACUGCUGACUGGUGCAAUCAACCCCGGAAGUCAUCAGGCGGCCAUGAUGGGACGGAGCAGAGUAGGAGGAGGAGGAGGAGGAGGAGGAGGAGGAGGAGGAGGAGCAGAGAGACAACCGCGAUACAACUCAGGUUUUGGAAAUGCACCACAACGCCGUCGUUGAGACGCCUUGUAGUACAGCAUGGGGUGAAACAACAUUGAACAUUCACUGAUGUUACUCUGCUCUUUCAUC